AUGCAUAGAGUCCACAUUGCUGUUCUCGAAACAGACAUACCCUCUCCGGCCGUGUAUGCUAAACGAGGUCUCUACAAUACACAGUUCCGCAAGCUUCUCAGUGCAGCCGCAGACCGUCUGAAUCGAAAUUCACAAAAUCUCAAACAUGGUCCAAUCGAUAUUCGAGUGACGGCAUUUGAUGUUGUGGGGGGCUCUUUCCCUGACCUUCAGGAUUUGAGAGCUGAAUGGACUACCCCCAAUGGCAUAUGUCCAGUUGAUGCCAUACUCGUCACUGGCGCUGUAGCCGCCGCAUACGAUGAUAUCCACUGGAUCCCUGCACUCGAAUCGUUCAUACAAACAGUACACAUCAAAUAUCCACUGGUCAAGAUUUUUGGUUCAUGUUUCGGCCAUCAGCUCAUUGGUCAAGCAUUACUUGAAAAGAGUGGAUUUUCUUAUAUUAGAGAAUGGCCUACAAAAUUUUCGGUUCAAGCGCAAUCAAGCCACGAGAUAGGUUUGCAAUCAAUUACUCUGAAUCCGGAUUUUGCUUGCAGAUUCUCUUCUUUGGCUAGCUUUAAGCAAAUGGAACCAUUCAAAAUUCAGCUGAUUCAUGGUGAUGUUGUGGCUCCUACCACAACUCCUUCAACUGAGCGGGAUAGCAUGAAUGCUUUUCUUCCGGCGCCAUGGAUCAAUGUUGGUAGCAGCGAGACAUGUCUUAUACAGGGCCUCUAUUAUCCGGGACGUGUGCUCACUCUUCAAGGACAUUUCGAGUACGAUGCAUUCGCGGCGGCUGAAUUAUGUUUGCAUUUUAGCAAAAAAUUCUCUUGGCCGUCUGAUCUCCUAUCUUCCCAUUUGGACGCAAUUUGGCGCGGAAAUAGAGCAGAAAAUGAUGAUGGAGAUGACUCCAAGGUCGCUACAGAGGCAGUCCUCUUGUUCUUUGCUGGCGAGGAUUGA